AUGAAUGUUGAUAAUAAGAUUGCAUUACUAGAACAAGAAAUGCAAGUAUUAGAUGUGAAAGAAUAGAAACUAUCAAAUUAGCAUGAUAGUUAAGUAAAAGGAUCUAUAAAUUAAACAAAAUUAUCAAUAAAAAAUGCAUUAUCUAGAAUAAGUCAUUUAUCUGUUCAUAAUAUGAAUACAGCAUUAUUUUUUAUCCGAGAGAAUUGGAAGAGUGGAAUGACAUAAGCAAUGAUGAAUAUGCCAUUUAUAUUGAAUGCUGGUAACAACACUGGCGGUAAUCCUUCUGCUGCAUAUUCAUCGGCUUUAAUUGGAGGACUGAUUAAUGGAUUCUUUAGUGGAAGUAUCAUAUAAUAAUACAAUAUCGAAAGGUAAUCAUUCAAUCUAUGCACCAACUUGGGUAGCUGCAGGAUUUAAUUAUUAUAUUGUAUAAUAAUAUGGAUAUGAAGCAGUUCCAUGGGUCACUAUUAUGGUUGGAUUACAAAUAUAUAUUCUAAGUCAUAUGAAAUGGCAUCAUUUAAUUGAUUUUAUGCCUAAUUAUGUUAUUGAAGGAUAUUAUUUAGGAUUGCUUUUUCUUAUAGCAAAUGGAUAUAUUGAUUAUGCAUUUGGUUUAAGUGAUAUGCAUUCAAAUAGAGGAUUUCAAGUAUAUCAUGAUAGAUUUUAAAUGUAUUAAGGUAUAAUAUAUAAAAUAUGUAAGAAUUCUUUAGAAGAGGAGAUCUUUAUUAUUUAGGAGCAUCUAUUUUCAUAUUUUUUAUACUUUAUUUUGGUUGGAAAAUAAACAAAGAUUUACCAUUAAUUGUAUUAAUAUGUUUAACAGGAUUAAUGGUUGGUAUAUUAUUUCCAACUGAAAAAUGUUUAAAGAAUGUUUAUGGUGAUGUUAGUUUGAAAAUAUCCUUUAUUGAAAGUAGUGGCCCUCAUUUCUAACCAGAUUUUUGGACAUUAUUAUUUUUAUUUGUUUAUGCUAUUAAAAUGACAUUUUACAUUACAGUCUAAAAUUUAUUAUGUGCUAAAGGAGCUGAAUAUUUUACUGGAGUUAAAUGUGAUCAUGACAAAGAAAUAUUUUGUGUUUCUUUAACUAAUAUUUGUGCAGGUAUUUUUAAUAGUGUACCAUGUUGUGCAUCUAUUAGAUUAAUUAUUUUAAAUAUUAGAGUUAGAAAUAUGAAUAGAUGGUCAUCUAUUUUAAAUGGUCUAUCUGUUAUUUUAUUCUAUGGUUUAUUCAGUAGAUACUUUCUAGAAAUACCACUUUAUUUUGUGAGUGGAAUAUUAUUAUAUUCAGCUUAUAUGUGUCCAACUUGGCCCUAUUUAGAAAUGUUAUGGAGAACUAAGAGAAGAUUAAUAUUAGUUAAACAAAUUACAAUAUCAAUUAUUUGUGUAUAUUAUGGAGCUAUUGAAAGCACUAUUAUUGGAAGCAUGUAUGCUAUGUUACAAUUUGCUGAAAAAAUGAGUGCUGCUGCUUCUGAAGUUAUUGUAAGUUCUGAUGAAAUACAAGUAAAUAUUGAUUAUAUCUUAAUUAGAAAAAUUCAUUAAUUAAACGAAGUUGUAUUAGAUAAUAAGAUGGAGCUGAUUUAUAAUUGAGAAAUGAUACCUUAGGUUAUGAAGAUGAUUUUCCUGAUAUUUAACACUUUAAAGGAUCCUUUUGUAUCUAUCGAUUUAAUGGAGCUAUCAAUUAUAUUAAUGUUAAAGUAUUCAAAUUUUUUAUUUAGAAUCAUAUUGCUUAAAUUAAAAAAUUACCAGAAAGUGAUUAUAUUGUACUUAGUUUUCGGUAUGUCAGUGUUUUUGAUGAUGAAGCCAUUGAUAAAUUAAGUUUAAUGAUUUAAGCAUUAAUCAGUAUUUAAUUAUUAUAAUUAUAGGUUCCUAAAGAGAAAUACUUUUUACAGGAUUGAAUCAAGGAAUGAUAGAUGAAAUGAGAUACAAUGAAUAUAUGAAUAAUUUUUACAAAAAGCAUCGAUAACAUUUCAAAUUACUGGGCUCAUGA